AUGGCACUGGAUACAGUGCGUACGAGGAUACCAACAUCCACCAAUCGCCAGGAUACAUUUUCACGAGUCGAAUGGAUGCAUGAAAAUCCCUCCAAGCUGCCUCUGGUCCGACGAGUUCCAACGUUGAACAUGAUGAAUCAAUCUCCUGAGUUCCCUCCGCCAGAAAAGGAGAAUUCAACAGAAAAGGAUAACUCGACGGAAAAAGUCCUCGAGCGAGUUCCUGUGAGCGUUUCCUCUUCGACCGCUUCAUCGUCGGACGAAGACUCUAAUUCUGAUAUUCCGGAUCAAUAUCACCUUGUCUCUACUUCUCAGGUAGAUCAGAGUGACAGCACCAUACAUUUCUCGCUCGAUGUUGCCGAUGACAUUGAAGGCCACCUGGAAGAAGUCUCGCGCUUGAAACGAUGGGGUCAUUUUCAAGAAGCAAUCCAAUACUUUACUGCAAACCUGGAGCAUCAUCUGGAUCUACCUCUGGUUCUGCUUGAAUGUGCCGACUUGCUCGUUGAACAGGGUUCUUACCACCAGUUUGAUACUUUUGUAAAUGCUUUCAUAUCAAAUCAGCGGCGGCAUGAUCCGAAAACGAAAUGUCUCCCGAUUGGCAGCGACGAAAAGGGUCCGGAUUUGUAUAGUUACCACUUUAAUUUACUGGGGCUGCGAAAGAGGCUUUCUUUGGAAAGCUUUCCGGGGGAGGAUAUGGGCGCCGUCAUGGACUGGUUACAACCCCACUCAUUUUGUGAAUACUUGGACAAGCGAGCCACGUCCAGGCGCGGUACCUACUCUGCACACGGUGAUGAGAUACCCUUUGAUUCAACGGAGGUAUUAUUAUCCUAA